AUGGGGCCACAGAGAGCUUUGCUAGAAAACUGGAACACUGGUGAUGGUGGAGGAGAGGUGCGUUUCUGGCUGGAGAUGAUGGAGAGAAGGAGAUCGGACUUUGAAAAAACCAAUCUUCAAGCCUACACAGAUUCAGCCAGUGAAGCAAUGGAGGAGACGAUCCAUGGCAGGGGUGGAGCGGGAGGAGAUGAUCCAUUCUACCUUUUUGAUAACAUGGUUCGUACUUCUAUGGUUAAGAAAAUACCCCCCACUGAAGAGGUGUUACGGGAUAUCUUCAAAAAAUACGACGCUAAUGGUGACGGCCGUCUCAGCAAGGCAGAGCUAAAGGACGCCUUCCGACACCUUGGCUCUCGUAUGCCCGGCUGGAGAGCCGGCCGUGUCCUCCACCAUGCUGAUGGCAACGGAGAUGGAUUUGUCAGCAAGGAGGAGCUGAGCGAGCUCGUGAAAUACGCUAAGAAACAUGGAUAUUCCGUUUAG